AUGGCUGACAAAGAACUGGGCGAGGCCCCGGUGAGACCCCGGGCUGAUAGUGUCAGCAUGGCUGACGACGAUGACGACAAUGUCAAUACAAAGGAGUGUCAAUACAAAGCAGGGUUAGAUGUAGAAAAUGGCGCGCAAUUUGGAAAUGUUUGUACUAGGUUGGGACGGAGUGUAAAGGAACUACUAUCAAAGAAAAUAGGAGCACAUCAUCAAACACGGGACUUUGAGGAUCCUGAUAACUUGCGCUUGUACCAGCAGCUAUACAGCUAUGCAACUGUGGGUAAGAAGGGUAUCUUUAACGACACUAUUGCGAAGAAGCUUCAUGAUCCAAAUGCUAGCAUUCAACUUCUGUCUCGACGGAGCCCCGAGAAUGACACAUUUGUUCACAUAGCUGUGACCUUCGGCCAUGCCCAACUAGCGGCCGAGAUCUUACAACUUCACAAGCCUCUUUUGUUGGAGAAAAACUUUGAGGGCGACACCGCGCUCCACAUUGCGGCCAAAACCGGGGAUGUAGAUACCACAAACACUCUUCUCCGUGAAGCACGAGGAACAACAGAUGUUGAAAAUAAUGAUGAUGUAUUGACGUUGCUAAGGAUGAAAAAUAAUGAGGAAAACACUGCCCUACACGAGGCCUUGAUUGGAGGUCACCAAUCAGCAGCCAAGCGUUUGAUAGAGGCCGAUCCUGCCGUUUCACUGUAUACUAAUAAGGAACAAAAGUCCGCUUUGUAUCUGGCCGCUGAACAAGGACUUGUUGAGAUCCUGAAGAUCAUGAAUGAAAGAGCAGUUGAUAAGAACACACAAAUUCAAGGCAAUUCCCCUUUGCUUGCUGCAAUUCAUGGAUGCCAUAAUAAAGGUACGUACAUUCAAUUAAUAAUUUUUUUUCUUUUUUUAAAAUUAAAUUUUUGUUUAUACUUGAUUCAUUUUCUGACGCCAGAAGUCCUAAAGAUAAUAUCAAACAUGGAAGCAAAUAUUUUGAACUCAAAAGAUGAGAAGGGGAGGACUCCACUGCAUUAUGCAGCAUCAAUUGAUUAUCUAGAUGGGGUUCGUUUCUUAUUAGAAUUACGCCUCUCUGAUUCUCAUCAAAUGGAUAAUGGUGGCAACUUUCCAAUCCAUUCAGCAUCAAGCAAAGGUCAUGUCAAGAUUGUUAAAGAGCUGCUUCGACAUUGUCCCGAUUCAAGGGAAUUGAAGAACUCCAGUGGCCAAAAUAUACUCCAUGUUGCAGCAAGAUUUGGCAAAGACAAUCUUGUCAAAUAUUUUCUCAAAAAUGGCGAGUUUCGAAUGUUGAUAAACAAAAAAGACAACUUAGGAAAUACUCCUUUGCACUUGGCAACGAUGUACCAUCAUCACAAGGUUGUGUACCUUUUGACUUGGGAUAGAAGGACCAACUUAAAGGUCGUGAAUGGUAGGGGCAUGACAGCUCUUGACAUUUCAGAAAGCACUUUGGAAACCACUGCAUCAAAUCAUGGGGUAGAUUAA